AAAAUCAAUAUGGCUGCUUUGAAAUUCGAUUGACAUGAACAAUCAUCUCAAUGUUUUCUGGUAGCUUUUUUGAUCGAAAACAGUAAGAAUCAACUAAGAAAAGAGCAUUAAAAUAAAACGGGGUUGGUAUUGUUUUGCCCCGUAACUGAGAUUACACUUCAAUCCUAUGCAUUUGGUUUCAGAAUAGAAAUAUUUGGACAUGUUGGGCAAAUAAUUUUCAGGCCAGGCAGUUUCAGGAUACGCUAUAAGAUUGAGAUGUCCUUAUGAGCUGAAGUGAAAGAUAUAUCGUAAGUAUCAAGACUUGUGAUUGUUUACGAGUUUAAAUUAUCUUUAGGAGGUUCUUAACCAAUAUAAUAACACUAUUAUAUUCCGUUAGUUGGAGAAACUGAGUAUUGGUUUACAACCUUUGUUCAUAUAUAUAGUUAUUUUAACACACAAACUGUAGCCGUAAUAAGCUCACUUUAGCUUGUCAAAUGCUCAAAGCUAUUUCAAUGUAUUCUACCCAGAUUUAGACAACUUUCUAUAAACUUUUACCAUAUAUAUCGCAAUGCAAUUGCCGUCUGUCAAAUAUAGCUUUGCUCUCGAGAUUUUAGCAAUAUCACAUUUCCGGGUUACCCCCAUAACUUGUCAACGAGCGCAUUAUUAAAAGUCUUUAAAUAUCUCGAUUUUCAAGUACAAUUGUUCGAAAUUUACCAGAUUCAUUCACAUAUUAGUACACUGUGUACAUACAAACUUUUCAGGCGUUAAAACUUUACAAUUUUAGGGAAUUUAAGUGUAAAAUUUUGUUGUUUAUAUUCGCCUGUCAAAUAUCAUGCCUUUUGUAAUUAAAAUUCAACAUAUCUUUAUUCCAAUUUCCUGCCCUUUUAAUUGUGAGAAUUUUUGUAUUUUAGUAUUGGUAUUUAUAAUAUUUCACUCGAGAAGUUUCUUGGUUCUAGUCAAUGUCGUUUUUGGGAUAGUAUUUGGUUGAUUUCAAGACAUAUUUCCUAAGGUAUUUUCAAACUGGCAUUUAAUAGUUUAAAUGUCCAAUGUUUUUAUUAGCAUGCUAAUUUACUACAUUUUACUUGUUGCCUUUAAAUUUAUUCAUGACAGAAUUAAUUCUUUGAAAUUUAAGUUGAUUUAAUUUUUUUAUAUGCUUGGGGAUUACAGGAUCAAAAACCAAUACCAGAUAACAAUUUUAAAAUAUAUACAUAGGCAAAUAUAUAUAUACGAGCAACUGAAAUCUUUUACAUAUAAAUUAAUAUAUGGGAUUAGGUUUAGAUGGGGUUGUGCAUAUAUUGAGAAAUUGCCAAAAAAUUUAAGAAAUAUAAAACAUAAUCCUCCAAUAACUGAUAAUGAUUUUGGAGUAAAAUUGAAAUAUCUAUACUUAUUCGCAUCUUGUUUUGACUUGUAUCCUGGGUUUUAUAAGCUAUUAUAUCUUUGGAUUAUAUUUUGCUCUUGGUACCUAAUACUGUCACUGACAACUCUUGAAUAGUGUUUUGAAUUAAUAAGUUAUUAUUAUAGGUUUGGUAUAUAUAUAGGUUUGGGACAGCUGGUGGCAACAAAAUUUUAUUUCUCAUGUUUCACUCGCUACUCUGGUUUAAAUAAAUGACUACAAAGCCCAGUCGAAUUGUAAUCAAGACUGGGCUUUGUAAUAAUUUAUCUACACCAGAGUAGCGGGCGAAACAUGAUUGAUAUACCUGGUUGCAGUGAAAGAACAAACUUUAAAAUUUUAUUUAUUAUGACAGUUGCCAAUGAAUUACAUAUGAUAGGCAGAAUCAACAUCGGUGUCAGUUUGCCGACUAAUGAAAACCAGCCAUAAAGCUCUUUUUAUAAUUCCCUAAAUUGAAAGAUUUCUGAUGCUUUUAAUAGCAGUGAGGAUAUUGAUUGAGUAGCAUGCGCCCCCUACUCCCAAAAAGGCCACUCUUCUCCCUUGCAAAGGUAUCAGUGGACCACUCUAGGAAUGAAGUGUCAGUAUUUAAUGGUUAAAUGACUACAAAACUGUCAUUCAUUUUCUACACAUACUUGUUUUUCAGUACAAUGGAUGACAUUCAAAGUUAUACAGACAAACUGAGAAAAACCUAUCGACAAUCUCUUGGUGAGUUAAUUUAUGUGCCAUCUAAUGCCAUGCGUACAUAUGAUCAAUUCACUUUUCAAAGCUGGUAUGGUACACACAUUAAUAAUCAUAUUAACUUCCUUUAUUGAAAGUUUAUCCACCAUGAUAUAAAAUUGAUUUUUAAGAUGUUGUUCUACCAUUUACAAAACACGAGGCUGUUGUCUACUGUAAUGAUGACGAAUUUGAAACUUUAUUGGAAGAAAAACAUUGUGUUAAGGUACUGAUGCAUUAAUAUCUAAAACCUAAAUGUUAUUGUCCCUGGAAAACUUGGACCAGACAACUUGUGGGUGUUUAUAUGGAGAAAUUUUCAUCAGAUAAGCGAGAUCUCUCCUUUUUCUAGUGAAAUCUUGGCAAGCAGGCCAGUCUGUUUGUUUAUAUAGAUGCAUGGUAAUUUUUACUAUGCCUGCAAAAAAACUAAAUUAAUAUACAGGCAUGGUCUAUGUCGACUGAGGCCUAUCUUUCUGCUUGUUUGAUUUGUUUGCCUGUCUAUUUGUCAGAUCUUGACAAAGGAAAAGCAAAACACACAAAAGAACUAGAAAAGUGCGAAAGCAAUUCAGAUUCAUUCUUGAGCCCUCCCCUCCCCCCAAUAUUGAUUUGCUUCCGACAGCCUUGCAAAUGCCAGAACUCCGUUUUCAAAUGCCAGAGCUCCGUUUUCAAACGCCAGAACUCCUUUUUCAAAUGCCAGAACUCCUUUUUCAAAUGCCAGAACUCCGUUUUCAAAUGCCAGAACUCCCUUUUCAAAAGCCAAAGCUCCGCUUUCAAAUGCCAAAACGCCGUUUUCAAAUGCCAGAAUUACCUUUUCAGAAGCCGGAACUCCCUUUUCAAAUGCCAAAACUCAGUUUUCAAAUACCAGAACUCCCUUUUCAGAAGCCGGAACUCCCUUUUCAAAAGCCAGAGCUCAGUUUUCAAAUGCCAGAACUCCGUUUUCAAAUGCCAGAACUCCCUUUUCAAAUGCCAGAACUACCUUUUCAAAAGCCAGAGCUCAGUUUUCAAAUACCAGAAAUCCGUUUUCAAAUGCCAAAGCUCCGCUUUCAAAUGCCAGAACUCCGUUUUCAAAUGUCAGAGGUCUGUUUUCAACUGCCAGAAUCAAAAGCCACAACUCCGGCCGUUUUCAGCUUGAUAUAUGAAAAUUUCUUCGGUGCCUGGUUCCCUGUCGCAAUUUGCAAGCUUCAAGCGAAGCGAGCAAAUUUGGACCACGCAGGGCUAACUGAAAAUAUUUUUGCUACCUGCAAAAAAGAACCAAAUAUACAGGCUUGAGUCUUCAUGGGAAUUCUAAAGUAUGAAACUACUUGACCACUAGAGGUAUCACUUGAGUCUGUUAAAAUCAGAAGGAAAUUUAUUGUGUUCAUAUAUACUUGCUGAAACAAAAGAAUUUACAGAAUUAUCAGACCUACGAUAAUUUCAAAAUUAAAAUAAGUUUAUCGAAGUUUAGAAUUGAUUUUCAUUGGUUGAAAAUCUAUUGUAUGUUUUACAUCUAUUUUGUAUAGGAUUUACAGGCGUGUAUAUAUUUACUGGAAAGACACAUUGAUUUACAGCAAGAGAUUAUUCAAGGCCUGACACACUUGCAAGAAUUACAUAAGUAAGCAAGUGCAUUAUGGUAAAACGUGAUAAUGCAUGAGAGUUGCGUGCGAGUUGCGACAGAGAGUUCCGCGAAAGUUGCGUGAGAAAGUUGCGUGAGAGUUGCGUGCGUGUUGCAUGCGAGUUGCGACAGAGAGUUCCGCGAGAAAGUUGCGUGAGAGUUGCGAGAGAGAGUUCCGUGCGAAAGUUGCAUGAGAGUUGCGUGCGUGUUGCAUGCGAGUUGCGACAAAGAGUUCCGCGAGAAAGUUGUGUGAGAAAGUUGCAUGAGAGUUGCGUGCGUGUUGCGUGCGAGUUGCGACAGAGAGUUCCGUGAGUGUUGCGUGCGUGUUGCGUGCGACUUGCGAGAGAGAGAGAGAGAGUUGCGUGAGAAAGUGCUAUGACGAAUCAUCCUUUGCUGGUUCGUUGCAUGAGAGUAGCGUGCGAGUUGCGUGGGAGAAUUUCGUGAGAAUUGCACGAGAGUUGCGUGACAGUUCGUGACAGAAUUGCGUGAGAGAGUCGCGUGCGAGUUGAUGCGUGUUACACGAGAGUUACGUGAGAAUUGCAUGAAGUUGCAUCAAAGUUGGCGCGAGAACUAAUAAUAUUCCGAAAUCUUUUAGGUUUGACGAACGUCCUUCAGAGUACAAUAUUAUCACGGAUAAGCUGCUUACUGCUCAGAACAAACUAGCAAUGUUGAGAAGUCGGACAGUACGAUGUCUCACAAAGGUAACUGUGUGCUAAAAAGCUUUAUAAUAUAGCGUUUGUAUAUUCUGAACGCUGAUUGGCUAAGAGCCGUGUUGAUAUAACUCAAUGUCAACACGGAAACAUCGGAAAAUUUCUUUUUUUAUAUUUCUUUGUGCUAUAUUAUAAAACAAAUAUAGAACAUUUUUUUCCGUAUUGAAAUAUAGUUAUAUCAACACUCAUGGAAAUUGGGAAAACUCGAAAUUGUGUGCAAACACUCCGCCCUUCGGGCGUCGUGUUUCCACACAAUUUCUCGUUUUCCCAAUUUCCACUCGUGUUGAUAUAACUGUAUAUCAACACGGAAAUGUUUUAUAUUUGUUAAUUAUCAUUUCUAAACUAUCUCGAGGUCUAAGUAAGGGGCAUCUCUUAUUGCGCCAGUGUUUCUACAGCGGCAAAGCAUAGCCCACUUGCACUUCAAACCAUAGUACCACUUGCACUUCAAACCAUAGUACCAUUUGCACAAACUUUGUACAAAUUCCAGUCAAAUUUCGUCUAAACCUCUGUAAGAAGUGCUUCUUAGCGUUUUCUAUUUAGAAUUUGUUGUUUUGUGGCAAAAUGUUUGCUUUAGUAGUUCAAUUUUUCCUUGCGUGAUAUAUAUUCUGAAUUAAAUUACAGUAUCUAUUGUUUGAAACAAAAAAAUCAAAACACGCGCAUGAGCAGAACAGACUUGUCAGCUCUUUAAUCGUAUGAUUACCUAUACAUUCACAGCAAAUUCAACAGAGAUGUGGUGAUUCUAACAUGCAGCUACCUCGUUGGUCAGUGAACACGGAUAAAGAAAUCAUCCGAGACCCAAAUGACUCUUUCACCAAUAGCGAACCUUAUCUUCACGAAUCAGUCGCACCAGAAACGAAUGAUUCCCCAAAUGAAAGCACAACUAUAAUGAAAUCUGAAAACCUUAAUAAUACCAUUUAUGAAAAUUGUAACGGAUUUGAAAAAACGUACGAGACAAGUUCUAAUUUUGAUAGAACUGUUGAUGUAUUCGAGGAAAAUAAUGCACAAAACAAAAGUGAAGUUUUACAAAAACAGUCGGGAAACGGACACCAAAACGGUAAUCCUCAACUUUCGGACGAAGAUAAGCUUUUGCACGAAGAUAAAAUUAAUACAAGUACUGUCUCAGACCGCCCCAAAGAUAGUUUAGAUACGGAAAAUCCGCAAAAAGGCAAAAAUAUAAACACGAUUGUCCAGCCUCGAAAAGGCGGGAAGAACAAUACCGUUACUGGUACUGAAACUCGUCAGGAAGCAUCGUUUGAUUCGUAUAAGCUCGAAAAAGUGAAGGAAGAUUUCAGCUUGGCCAAUUCAAUUCACGACGAAAGGAAACACGAUUCCGAACAGCAAUUCGUAAAUUCACAUGCAGCAGACACGGGAGUACAACUGUUUUUGAACGUUUCCAAUUUUAAUUCUGACGAAAGCGAUGGGGAGACACCUCGCGUUAAUAGCAUUAGCAAACAUAUACUUGAACCUGUCGAGGAAAGAGUUACCGUUGAAGUAUUGCAGCCCAGGCAGAGUGGAGUUGCUGAGAUGUCGGAGAAAGAAGGACUACAAGUUGGGUAUAAUGCUCCUAAGCUGGUUGACGAAGAUUCUCAUACAAACGCAGUAAGUCUUUGGGUUUAA